CCUCGCGGGCCCCAAGGCUCUGUUGGCUUGGAGGGAGAGCAAGGAGAGCAAGGUGAUAUUGGGCCAGCCGGCAAACAAGGUGACAAAGGAGUUAUAGGCCCAGAGCCAAGUGACUGUGAACUUGGCCAUAGAGGUGAACAGGGUUCUAUUGGACGCUUUGGAAUUUUGGGCAUUAAAGGUAUAAAGGGAGACAAAGGUGAGCAGCUCAGAAGUGAUAACCUAUUAAUAAUAUAA